AUGGCGAGCGAAGGAGACAAAAUUUUUGUCGGGAAAAUUGUGGUUGGAACCGAUCCGGCAGGAGAAUUGACGAAAAAUGAUUGGGCUGUUGUUGUAGACUCUCAUGGAAUCAUAAACGCCUCUGGAAACAAGGAUGAAAUCGUCGCGAGAUACGAUGGUGAAAUCAUCAAGCUCGGUCCAUAUUCUCUUCUGAUGCCGGGUUUUAUCGAUGCCCAUCUUCACGCCCCGCAAUUCGGCAACAUCGGCGCGCAUCAAGAUCUCCCCCUCCUCGACUGGUUGACCACAUAUACUUUUCCUCUCGAGUCGAAAUUCGCGGACAAGAAUUUUUCGGAAAAGAUGAACGCUGCUGUGGUUCGAUCGACUCUUUCUCGCGGAACGACAACGGCUUGCUAUUUUGGGACGAUUUAUAAGGAUGAUGCUUUAGCCCUGGCGAUUCAAUGUUCCGAGCAAGGCCAGCGAGCAUACGUCGGAAAAUGCAAUAUCGACAGUAAUCCCCUCGCGACUUAUUACUUGGAGAAAACAGCUGAGUCGGUUGUGGAUACCGCCUGGGCCGCUCGAGAAAUACGUGGGUUGGGAAAUUCGUUGGUCGAGCCAAUCAUAACGCCGAGAUUUGCCGUUUCUUGCUCGCCAUCUCUGAUGGAAAGCUUGGGCAAGAUGGCGAAGGAGGAAAAUAUGGCGAUUCAAACGCAUAUUUCGGAGAAUGAAGGCGAAAUUCAGUUGAUGAAGGAACUUUUUCCGAACGAUGGAUACCUUGAUGUCUACGACAAGUACGGCCUUGUUUCUGAUCGAUGUCUUCUUGCCCACAGUAUUUACCUGACAGAUGCUGAGAGAAAGAAGAUGAGUGAAAAAGGAGCUUCGAUCGUUCAUUGCCCAGAUUCGAAUUUUGCCUUGAUGAGUGGUGUCUUGGACCACAAGGUCGCAGAUGAUGCAAAUGUCAAUAUUGCUUUGGGCACCGAUGUUUCCGGCGGAACAUCUGCUUCAAUGGUCGAUGCGAUGCGAUAUGCUGAGCUUUCCUCGAAAAUCAACACGAUCAAGAACAAGCAAACAACUUCGUACCUGAACUUCAAGAAAGCCUUUAUCUUUGGAACACUAAACGGCGCCAAAGCUCUCAAAAUCGACGAUCAAGUUGGAUCACUCGAAGUCGGAAAAGAAUUUGACGCUGUUAUUGCUGAUGUUGGGGCGAGUUUGGAGACUGCGUUUUUGGAAAAUGACAGCCCAGAUGAGCUGUUGGAGAGAUUCAUCCACUGUGCUGAUCCAAGAUCAAUCAAAAAUGUCUUUGUUCGAGGCAAGGAAGUUUUCUCUUCCUAA